AGCCAAAAGUUGGAUGGCCUUGAUAAUAAUGACGGAAUUCUCCUCAUUGCCACUACUAACCACCUUGAACGACUUGACAAUAGCGUAGCUAAUCGACCCAGCCGCUUCGACCGCAAGUACCUGUUUGACGAUCCUGAUGAGGUAGAACGACGACUCUAUUGUCAAUAUUGGCAGAACAAACUCAAGAACAAUCAUAAAAUCCCAUUCCCGGACAGCCUCGUAGAUGAGGUAGCAGAGCAAAGUGACACCCUCUCAUUCGCCUACAUCAAGGAGGCUUUCGUCUCUACUCUCGUUUUGAUGGCUGGGGACCCAGAGCUGGACUUUGCAGCAACAUUGAAAGCACAAGUAAAGGAGCUCAAGGAUCAGGUCAGAGAUCACCCUCCUUCCGUCGCCGUCAAGGAUAUGUCAGUUCCCCCUGCUGAUAUUGGAGGACCGUCUGAGAUGACUUCGACCCGUGAGCUCUUACAAAAGCUUAUGGGAGGAGAUGUGCCCCGAGGAAUGAGUAGUAAGAGUAUCUUACCCUCUGCAAAUAUUGGUCUGCGUAGAUGGAUAUAA